UCAUUACUAAAUCUGAGCGCGUUGUUGGUGUAAAAUGUGUUUUCUUCGGAUUUUGUUUUGAGAGGCAUCGGAAUUGGACUAUGGCAGUGGCCAUGGCACCUGGAGCUACAAUUUCAACCUUGUUUUAAAAAGCCAGCCUUCCUGGAUGUUUCAGUUUCAUAAACCUCGGACUCUGGUUAUUCCACGUCCCGAAGCACAAAAGAAAUGAGUUGCGGAGCAACUUAGCCUAAAGAUGAAGAGGGAAAAUUCUUGGCUGAAAAUAGAUCUGCUCCAUAUUAUUCCAAAUAUGAACAGGGGUUAUGCACAUCCUGUGAACCAUGGCAUGGAUCAAGAGAGUGGUGUGAGAAUGGAUGGCCGGGAGUUUGUACACAUGCCUCCACCGCUUCUACCUGGGCAUCCUAUGGAGGGAGUCCGAGGUGGAGUUGCUGGUGCUACUGGGCGUCUUGUGUCAUCUACUGGGCAUCUUUCUCCGCUACAGACAACAAAAUACCUACCGACAACUCUCGGCUUACACUCCCACCCAGGUUUUCCGCACCUAGCCAACAAUUUUUAUCCUUCAUACAUUCCCAUAAGUCAACUUGAUCCUUCCGCCAUUCGGAGCCCUCUGUUGUCUCAGAUUGGAAAUCCCAGUAUUUUUGAGUCUCAAAAGGAUGGCAUUUACUUAUCUAGCCAUGUUAGUCAGGCACCAUUACACCCUCAAACAUCCAUGUCGAGGACUUCAGCAAAUCAGGCACAGAACUCUCACCAUCAUGAAAAGGACAUGAUUGGUCACUCACAGAAAUGCUCUAAAGAAUCCAUGAAGGAAGCCAAGGAGCGAGUUUGCAGAAAUGAGCUUGUGAUGACCUCAACAAGAAAAGAAGGAAGAUUAACAGAGGAUCAUCAGCCUCGGAGUAUACUUGACUAUGCUUUGGAAGGUAGACUUGAAAUUGAAAAGAAAAGGGGUGGGCAACAGAGGAUAUCUAAGACAGGGGAAUGCAUGUCUCCAUAUAUGACAGAGCUUGUGCUAACUCGUGAAACCAGUAAUGUUGAAACAAAGGCUAAAAAUUCACCUCAGACAUCUCUGUUGAAUAUAUGUAAUUCAGGAGGCGAUCCACUGACUAAGGUGGUUGGCUAUGAGCAUGAUAAGUGUGCCAAAGACUCCAGCAGGCAUGAUGAGAAUAUGAGGCCUUCGGGACAUGCAUAUAAAGACCAAGCAAAGUCUUAUGACAGUGCAGGCACUUCAUCUAGAAAUGUACCCAUACUGUGUAGCUGUCCUUCUACUCAGCCCUCCCAGACAUCCUCCACAUUUGCUGCACAUACCAAUAGUUCAGUUGCAUGUACCAGCUUCCCUUUAGCCAAGGAGUUGGCAAGGGAGUACAAGAUCACUGCACCCACAUUUGUGCCUUCAGUUGACACACAUUAUGAAAGACACGGACCUGUACAAAUUGCUUCACAGGCCCGAGAUGUAAAGGGAAAAGAAGUAAAUAAAACGGUAGAAAGACCUGACGUUUCCCAGCAUAUUUUGCCUUUAGAGUACUCUUCCAACACUAAAGUUAAAAGGGUAGAUCCUCUAAAGGAAAAAGGCUCUUUUAUACGGUCUAACUCUUCUUUGAAAAGGCCAGUGACAUCCGAUUCUUUCUUGAACCCCCUUGGACUUGUAUCCCAUGAGAACAGGGACCUCCACAACUCUAAAGAAACUAAGGAAUCGAGCAAUAUGUAUGAAUUGGCAGAGUUCCAGCAUAAACAUAAAGAACAUUCCCAUUUGAAACUGCCAGGGCAAAAAUGGAAACCAUUUGAGAUGGGCAACUUUGCAACCACACAGAUGACUGUUCUAGCAGCACAACAUUCCCAUUCAAGCCAUGCAGAAGGGGAAACAAAAAAGGUUUAUCUGGACUCUCCAAGCUUACCAAGGUCUUCAGUUAGCUGUCGAAAUAGUGCUGAGUCUUUGCACCCCUCUACUCAUGGUGAGACAUCUGCCAUGCAAAACCUUAUUAAAUAUAGUGGGAACUUUGCCAAAGAAACCACUACAUGGCAGGGCAGUGGCAAUAAAAAUGCAUUUGGUGGUCUUGGGACCAUGAAGUCAGAUACGCCAAAUAUUAAUAAUGUCAAGAAUCAGCAGUGCCUGUCACAUCCAGGAGGGAAACCGGAUCCUGAAAGAUCAGAAAGUGCCAAAUCAUUUGGAAGGGAAGUCAUAGGUUCUCAGAGAGAGGUAGAAGUUCGGCACCCACCUGUUGGGAUUGCUGUGGCUGUUGCUCGGCAGAAGGAUAAUUCUGGAAAUAAGACUGGCAGUUCUAAAGGGCCAGAACAGGCAGAGGAGAAUGGUCAUGAACGGGUUCGGCACAGAGAGGAUCGUCUUUUGGUGGGCAGGUUGGACAGUGAGCAAGAAAAGCUGCUUCGGGAAAGGAAGGACUUUUCAGAUUUUUCACGGAUCCAUCCUUCUGGAAGUGGUGCAAAUGGAUUAAAUCCUAACCUUAUGGUAACUGGAGGUCCAGCUUUGACCAACACUGGGCACUGGCCAACCGAUUCCACUCCGCAAUUAGCAGCACAAUCCUGGUUUCAUAGAGGAACUACCCCACCUAUGUGGCUCACAGGUCACCCUUAUGGUUUUUCCCAUCAAACACUGCAUCACGGAUUAGGCGCUGCAUUCACUCCUGGAAUAACUUCCUCUCUCCCAUCUGCUUAUCAGUUUGUAAGAGAUCCACAGACUGGUCAGAUUGUGGUUGUUCCAUCUGAGCAGCUAUCACACUUUGAACUUCUGGAUAGGUCUUCAGCUCUUUGGCAAGCUAUGUAUUCACCGUCUCGUAGCUCUCUUCAGCAUGCACAUCAGCUUCAGUUCUUAUCCCAGCAGCAAAUUUUACGACAGCAUGAACUGUAUAUGCUGCAGCAGCAGGCAGCACAUGCGCUAGAGCUGCAGAGGAGUGCCCAGUUAGAUGCCUUGGAACUGCAGAGAAGUGUUCAAUUAGAUGCUUUGGAACUCCAGAGAAGUGAACAGUUGGAUGCAUUAGAAUUGCAAAGAACUGCACACCUUGAUGCUCUAGAUCUGCAGAGAACUCCCCCCCUAGUGGAAAGCUUUAAAGUUUAUGGACAGCAGACAGAAGUGGAAAAUAAAAUUGCAAAGCAGAAUACAGGAACCUGUAAACAGAGGUUGCAGUCCCAUCCAGAUCUGUUAAAACGAACUGUCCUUUUACCAUCUGUUCCAUCUUCUUACAGUAAAUCACUCAGCUCUCCUCCUUUGUCACCAAAAGCAAUCCCAAAAUCAGAGCACAAACAAGAAGGCCCAACCCAAGAGGAACAAUAUGAAUAUCUUACAAGUUCCCACCCUUCCACCCCUCCUCCUGGGUCUCCUCUGCCAUCCACUGCUUUUACAGAGGACAUUUGUGAAGAGGAAGCAGAAAAGAACAGCACAGAUAUGGAGAAGGACAGCACUUCCCCAUUUAGAGGUUUACUCACAGAUCUUUCCUCAGGAUAUCAGUUCUCACCUAGUUCUCCAUCAUUUAGAAAACAUCACCCUUACACAGUACAACCAACAGCUGGGACUAAUGAAGACUGUUCUACUUCAGAUCUUCCUCUCUCAGAUGCUAAUCAAACAGAGGUGAAGACAAACCACCACCAGCUUUUAGAACCAGAGGUCCCUGUUUCUGCAGAAAAAGAACAAUCUUCAGAUAGCAUGUUACAUUCAGAGACCCUAAUUCACAAAACUAUUUGUAUUUCUACUGAAGAAGAAAUUUCUUCAGAAGAUGCUGAAUUUGAGCAUGAACUGCGGCAAAAGAAUGAAACUUCAAACUUUAAUGAGGAAAAUUAUCAAGAGCAACCCAUGUGUGAAACCGAGUGCUUCUCUGUAAUCUGCCUUAAACCUGGAAAAGAAACAUGUUCAACUCAGACAGAUUUCAACAGCUCUUUUAUUCCGAGUGCCAAGUGCCAAGUGAAUCUGGUCAUAAGUUCUCAAAGCCCUGAACUUUUUGCAUCAACAAAUGACACAAAAGACUGCAGAACACUCAAAAAUGAAGAAAGUGCAAAUGGAGUACCAAUUGUCACGAGGUCUGUUCCUGAUAUUAAGUUUAGUGAAAUGGACGAGGGUACAUAUGAACUACCAAGCACGAUGCCUAUGGAUAUAGCAGCUGAGGAUCCCUUGGCUGGUAUGAAUGCAUUAGUUGCUGCAUCAGAGAUGCCUCAAGCCAGUCCUCUGGUGCCAAAAGACAAUUUGUUUCUGCCUGAUAUAAAUACAAAUCCUGUUCUCCUGCAAGGCAUUGCCCUUCUUAGUGAAAUGGCAGAAAUUGAACUGGAAAAAAGAAAAAAAGAACUUGAGAACCAGCCAAGCGGUCAUUUGCAGUCCUCGUUAGAGAGUCUCUUGGCUGCCAGCUCACAGAUGUUGAUGGAAGUUCUCUCAUGUCCUGUAUUAGACUGUAUGAAAGCUGAAUCGAUUCAGUUGCCUCGAGAGCUAAACCCUAACAAAAAGUACAGCUGGAUGCAAAAAAAAGUUGAACCAUUUUCCAUUAGAUCUUCUAUUGAGAAUAUGGACACUAUGGAACUUGACUAUAGGCUCAGACUGGCAGAGCUUCAGAGGAUGUAUAAACAGAAGCAGAGGGAACUGGUGAAGUUACAAAGAAGAAGGGAUUUUGAGGAAAAGCAAGAUGAGAAGAAUAUGAAUUUGACAAGAAGAGGUCCUGGCAGGCCAAGGAAGAGAAAACAUGGAACAAGUAGUCUGUUUUCCCAGCUGGAGAGAGAGAGGCUUGAAACCAAAAAAAUAAAGCUGAAAAAGUGCCUACUGCUCUCUGAAGAUUCUGAGGUGGGAGAGGGCAUGCUGAAGAGACAAAUUAAUGGUCUAGAAGAUGACGUGAUAGAAAAUGUAGGUGGAAAAAUUAAAAACAGAAUGCGAAGCUGGGAAGAUGGUGCUAGAACUUCAAGUUAUACCUGUGAGGUCCUGAGCCAAAGCAGAAAGAAACGGAAAUCUAGUGACCAGGAGCUGGCAAACAAACUGGAAAAAACACUGUCCUUCACUAAGCAAGAAAAGUCAAAAUUUAAGUUUGCGUUCGGCAGUGGGGGGAAUCAUAAAUAUCAAGGGAACAGCAAGCAUUUGGCAACUACAGAAUUUAAGGAAAACAAUGCUCUUCGUUUACCAAUGUUAAUGUCAAAUGAAGAUACAGACACAGAAGAAGAUGAGGAUUAUCUGCGGAAUGAGUUGGUUUCACAAUCUAACUCUCGAUUAGUGCAGUCUAGUAUGUACAGAAUGCUGUCUAGAAAGAUCAAGUUGCCUCGUGGGUGCUUACAACCUCCUGAAAGGACCACCUCCAGCUGCAGUUCUGUCAAAACUAAGCAGAAAUGCAGCAAGAACAAGCAGUUGUGUUUACUCCAGGAUGCUGAAGUCCGAUCAAGCUUCAGUGAUUCAACGGAGGACUCGAUUGACCAAGACUUUACCUCAGAGGAGGAAGACUGUGCUAAUUAUGGCUUAGAUCACUUGUCUUCACCGCAUAUGGAAGAAAGUGGCUUGGGUCUUCUUGCACGGUUUGCAGCCAGUGUGCUUCCUAAUCCUGUCAAAUCUUCGCCGAUAUCCGUUAUCCAACUGGAAGCUAAGCAAAAGGCUAAGAACAAAGAGGAAAGACAGUGCCUGAUAGGUUCAGAAUUUCACUAUUCUGAUUCAGAUAGGGAAUUGAAGAUCAUGAGAAAUCCCUCACCCAGCACAAGUUCUUUGGAAGCAGAGAGUGCUUUGCCAGUUCUCACUGAGGAUGAGACAUGUGUGAAAAGCUUAAAAAAAGGGAGUAUCAUGGAUAGGCCAAGAAAAAUAAAGAAGUUCAAAUCCCCAAGAACUUUAAGUGAGGAGUUUGGGCAAGAAGUUAGUGAUGAUGACCUGUGGGGCAGGCGCAGGAGUGAGCGCAUCUUUUUGAAUGAUGCCGUUAAUCCUGCAUCUUUAUUGUCAGUUACUACAAAUGAUGUAAACUUAAUGUCUAAACCCAAUCGCUGCAACAAAAUGGCUACGGUUAUCCCUAAAAAACUAAAACCGAGCAAAGAACACUGCAAGAAGAAGAAGGGAAAAGAACUCAUGCCUUCUUGCCUAUCUCCUAAUGCUACCUUGGCUUCUGUGUCUGUGAGCAGACUUAGUGUGACCAGUUCAGUAAGCUGCAGCAGAAAGUCCAAGUCGAAAGCUAAGGACAUGAAAAGAGAGAAUCGUAGCAAGGGUGGAGCCGUUAGCAAACUUAUGGAGAGCAUGGCUGCUGAAGAAGACUUUGAGCCAAAUCAGGACAGUAGCUUCUCAGAAGAUGAAAAUGUACCUCUGUGUUUACAUCCUGAGAGGCCAAACACACCUGCUCCACAUUCCUGUAUUAUUGAUAAAGACGAGCUGAAGGAUGGGUUACGGGUUCUUAUUCCCAUGGAUGAUAAACUGCUUUAUGCUGGUCAUGUACAGACUGUCCAUUCCCCAGACAUAUAUCGAGUGAUUAUUGAGGGUGAGAGAGGAAACCGUCCACACAUUUACUGCCAGGAGCAGCUCCUACAGGAAGCAAUCAUAGAUGUAAAACCUUCCUCAAUCCGCUUCCUACCUGAAGGCACUAGAAUUGCAGCCUACUGGAGCCAACAAUAUCGUUGUUUAUAUCCGGGUACCGUUGUGCAAGGGAGCCCGGAUCAAAAAGAAGAUUCAGACCUUAUUACAGUGGAGUUUGAUGAUGGAGACACAGGACGAAUACCACUCUCUCACAUUCGCUUGUUACCACCAGAUUAUAAAAUACAAUGUGCAGAACCUUCUCCUGCCCUCUUGGUCCCCAGUGCAAAGCCACGGAGUCGUAAAUCCAGCAAGGAACAAGGAGAAUCAAAGGAAGCAGGUCCUACAGGUUGUGAAGAAGUGUCAGUAAAAAGCAAGAUACGGGGGCGAAAACCAACUCUUAAGCAGAGUGCUGGAGAAACAAUAAUUAACGAAAACAAAGAAUCACUUAUGAGCGCCAAAAUUUGUUUAGAAAAACAUGACAGUUCACUUCAGACAAGCAUAAAAAUGGGAACAAAAAUUCUCCAAAUGCCAGAAGUGAUUUCACCUGCACAAAGAACAUCAAAAAUCAGGAAGCCUGAACAAAUGAAGAUCGCUACCAAACUCUGCAAUGCAAAGCAAACCAUUUAUACAGGGCGUAAUCUAAGAAAAGUGGAGCAUUUAAAUCCACAGUGUGAGUCAACAGUAAACUUGUUUGACCAAAAUAGUAUAGAAGAUACAAAAAAGAUUAGAAAACCAGAAGAGCAGAGAAAUGUUGUAAAGCAAAGCAAAGCAGAGAGUAAUUUUCUUGUAAAGCUGGAUCAUGAAGGAGUGAUGUCCCCAAAGACUAAGAAAGCUAAGGAGGCAAUGAUGUGGCUUGAAGAUACCAGUGUGACAAUGAAAAGAAACAGAGAAUGCAUUAUGGGCUUUGGUUAUCCUCCUGUAAAACAUGAAUCCAAACAAAAGCUGUCUAGAUCAAAAUCUCAUUCAGCCAAACAUACUACAACUUUUGAUUCUGAAGCUAUGAAUAGUUUAGUAGACAAAUAUAAAACUAAAUCUGAUCAAAAACAUGACAACCUAGACCCAAGAGAAGAGUCUGAUGGCAUUAGCAGCAACUCUGAGUCUGAGGGAGAAGAAGACAAAGAGAACAAACAAAGGCAAUCACAAGGAGAAGAUCGCUCUAGCAGUUCACAACCUACAACAUCAGUAUCCUUGUCAAAGUCUCCAUCUAGCAGCAGUUCAUCAUCUUCCUCUUCUUCUUCAUCCUCAUGUUCAUCAUCCUCAGCUUCCUCAAGCUCCAGUUCAUCAUCCUCUUCAACAACUGAUGAAGAUUCUUCUAGUACUUCAGAGGAUGAAACUCAAGAAUUAGCUUCAAAUCCCACAAACAUUCAAAUAUCUCUUCAAAAGGGGGAUAUAAAGCCUGCCAUUAAACCCGAAAUUAAAAAUCAAAGGCAAAAAAAACAAGAGCAGAAAAAGGGAAGUGAAAGCAAACCUAAAAAGAGGGAAGGAAUCCAUUUGCCUACCACCAAGGAACUGGCCAAAAGACAAAGGCUACCAUCUGUGGAGAACAGACCUAAAAUUGCUGCCUUCCUGCCAGCUAGGCAACUCUGGAAAUGGUUUGGAAAACCUACUCAGAGAAGAGGAAUGAAGGGUAAAGCAAGGAAGUUAUUCUACAAGGCCGUUGUUCGUGGCAAGGAAAUAAUCCGAAUUGGAGACUGUGCAGUGUUCUUGUCAGCUGGACGCCCAAAUCUACCCUACAUUGGGCGCAUAGAAAGCAUGUGGGAAUCCUGGGGAAAUAACAUGGUUGUAAGAGUAAAGUGGUUUUAUCACCCAGAAGAGACCAAUCCUGGCAAAAAGCUAAAUGAUGCAAAGAGCUGGGAUCAGAAAUCUGGUAAAGGUAACAUGUCAGGUCUGCAGAUGUCCAACCUAAGAAAGGAUUUCAUGGAGCGUGCCUUGUACCAGUCUUCCCAUGUAGAUGAGAAUGAUGUUCAGACGGUCUCCCACAAAUGCCUGGUGGUUGCCCUUGAGCAAUAUGAGCAAAUGAUAAAGACAAAGAAGUACCAAGACAGUGAAGACCUUUAUUACCUUGCAGGGACCUACGAGCCCACCACGGGAAUGAUUUUUAACACAGAUGGAGUUCCUGUUAUCUGCUGAUUACCAAGGACUAAUGUGUGUUAUCCGACAUGUGAAAUAGCCUGUCCCUAUCAUUAUUAGACUAAAGGUGAACAUGGGUGAAAAACAUAUGACUUUAACAAUGCAACCCCGUCCCAGAGGCCAGUAUCACUGGAGGAAAGAAUACCUUUUAGGUUGUGGUAAAACACUUAAAGGGUAAAUACUGGUUUCAAUGAACUUAUUCUACAUGGGUGGUCUUCAUGGGACAUGCACCUCAUUAUUGAAUUGAAAUUGGUUGUGCGCCUGCUACAAAUCGAAUUUCUUAUUCUACAUGUCGGCUGAGAAACUACAUACAGGAAUAAAAUUAAAUGUCAGAUCGUUAUAUAAAAGUAUUACAUAAAAUGUAAAUCCCAUUCAACAAGUGAAAGAUAAACAUUAAUCACAUUUCAGAAUUCAUUCUAUGAAUGGAUCAGUAUCUAAAAUACUUAUAUUACAAGAUUUUAUAAGUCAGAGGGCUUUUACCUAGUGGGAUAUACCUAACAGAAGUAGCAUUUGGCACAUGGAAUAAAAAAAGAUAUCUCUCUCUCAAUGUUGAAGACAAUUCUGAAAAAAAUAACAGAGAACACAAGCACUUAAAGAAAGAAAAGGCUUCUUCCAUGAUGUAUAUAGAGGCUUUUUUUUUAGAUUUCAUUUUUGUAAACAAACCGUUUCACAUGGCAUCACAUACUGCGUGUGCAUUAUUAUUCAUCUGAUAUUCCUGGGCAAACAGUUUUGCUUUUUUUCAUAUAUAUAUGUAUAUUUUACAUGUGCAAAAAAUCUGAGGAGUCUUCACACUCUUGCUGGUCCAGUGUUACUUGACCCACUGCUGCAGUCUGCCAAACUACAGAAACAAAGUACUGUAUUCAAAGGGUUUAAAUACUUAUAAAAUGUAAAUGUAUAUAUUAUAAAAUAUAAACCACA